AUGGCUCCACCGAAGACGAGAAUAGGGCUUGCAGGGCUUGCUGUAAUGGGGCAAAAUCUUGCUCUCAACAUAGCUGAGAAGGGCUUUCCCAUUUCAGUAUACAACAGAACCACAUCCAAGGUUGAUGAGACUGUGGAACGAGCGAAGCAGGAAGGAAAUCUUCCUGUUUACGGCUACCAUGACCCCGAAUCCUUUGUUCAGUCCAUUCAGAAGCCUAGGGUCAUAAUAGUGCUGGUUAAGGCCGGUGCACCCGUGGACCAAACCAUUAAGACCCUUUCAGGAUACUUGGAGAAAGGGGACUGCAUCAUUGAUGGUGGUAAUGAAUGGUAUGAGAACACUGAGAGAAGAGAGAAAGCUAUGGCUGAAUUAGGCCUUCUCUACCUUGGGAUGGGAGUUUCGGGUGGCGAGGAGGGUGCUCGCAAUGGUCCGUCUUUGAUGCCUGGUGGUUCCUUUGAGGCCUACAAAUACAUAGAAGACAUUCUUCUCAAAGUGGCAGCUCAAGUUCCCGACAGCGGCCCAUGUGUGACAUAUGUUGGUAAAGGUGGAUCCGGUAACUUUGUUAAGAUGAUCCAUAAUGGAAUUGAAUAUGGUGAUAUGCAACUAAUUGCCGAGGCUUAUGAUGUGCUAAAAUCCGUCGGGAAGUUAUCAAAUGAGGAACUACAAAAUGUCUUUGCAGAAUGGAACAGGGGAGAACUCCUGAGCUUCCUGAUUGAAAUCACUGCAGAUAUAUUUGGAAUUAAGGAUGAUAAAGGAGAUGGAUAUCUGGUCGACAAGGUUCUCGACAAAACCGGCAUGAAAGGUACCGGUAAGUGGACUGUCCAGCAAGCUGCUGAGUUAUCUGUUGCUGCACCCACGAUUGAAGCUUCUUUGGAUGCUAGGUUCCUUAGCGGAUUGAAGGAGGAAAGAGUUGAAGCUGCAAAGGUGUUCAAAUCCGGUGGUUUUGGCGAUAUCUUGAGUGAUCAACCAGUAGACAAGCAGAAGCUGAUUGAUGAUGUUAGGAAGGCUCUUUAUGCUGCAAAAAUCUGUAGUUAUGCACAGGGAAUGAAUCUGAUCCGUGCCAAGAGUAUCGAAAAGGGUUGGGAUUUGAAGUUGGGUGAACUUGCCAGGAUCUGGAAAGGUGGUUGCAUCAUAAGAGCCAUAUUCUUGGAUAGAAUAAAAAAGGCAUAUGACAGGAAUGCUAACCUCGCUAACCUCCUUGUGGAUCCGGAGUUUGCGAAGGAGAUCAUCGAUCGCCAAUCGGCCUGGCGCAGAGUCGUGAGUCUUGCUAUCAACUCGGGCAUCAGCACGCCCGGUAUGUCUGCUAGUCUUGCUUAUUUCGACUCCUACAGAAGAGAGAGAUUGCCUGCUAAUUUAGUGCAAGCUCAGAGGGACUAUUUUGGUGCGCAUACAUACGAAAGGACUGACAUUGAGGGAUCUUUCCAUACUGAGUGGUUCAAGCUUGCCAAACAGUCAAGAAGCUAGAUUUCUGGUGCUUGUAAUGUAAUGUAAUGCAAUGCUUUGUGCUGAGUUCAUCAUGAAUAAUUGAAUUGAAUUGAAUUGAAGAAGCACUUCAAUUUCACUUUGUCUAUGUUAAUUGCUUGGGUGUUGUAUGAUUUGGUGAUCCUUCUUCUGAAA